UUUACAAUUCUUUAUUGAAAGGGCUACUGGGCAAACCGGGUAUAGUCGGUUGCAGUGUCCCCAAUCCCCAAACAUCCACCGACUUAACAAGAUGUAAAACGUUCAAAACUGAACCAGACAGAACAAAAACACUGUUGAACAAAAUCUCCAAUGAUGGAGUUAUCGUCAGUUCUUGGUACUAGGUUUCACCACAAGAUUCUCCCCCAUCCAUUACCCUCCUCUUGUCCCACAAUUCCUUCCCUGUCCCCUCCCAUCCCAAGAGCCAGCGUCCCUAUACUCACCUCGGCAACACCCACAACAGCAACUCCCGUUGAAGAACCCAAUCACACUCGGCCUCACUCCAAGUCUUACUUACAAAGAAAAUCCGCUCUUCUUCAAGUCGAACAAUCUUCUGAUUUGAACUCUGCCCUUCAACGUUUCGGUGAGAUUUUAAAGCCGCAAGACUUAAAUGUAAUUAUAAGGCAUUUGGGGAAGUCAGGCAAAUGGCAUAAUCUUUCUCAGCUAUUUGAUUGGAUGCAACAGCAUGGGAAGACCAAUGGUUCAUCUUAUAGCACUUAUAUAAAAGUUAUGGGGAAAAAACUCAGCCCUGCUAAAGCCUUGGAAAUUUACAAUAGUAUUCCGGAUGAACCAACCAGAGUAAACGUUUUUAUAUGUAAUUCUCUUCUUAGUUGUUUGGUUAGAAAUGGAAAAUUCGAAAGCAGCAUCAAAUUGUUUGAUAAGAUGAAGCAGGAUGGUCUAACCCCAGAUUCUGUUACAUAUAAUACGUUGCUAGCAGGUUGCAUUAAAAUCAAACACGGGCAUUUCAAGGCAUUAGAGUUGAUUAAAGAGUUGAAAUAUAAUGGUUUGCAAAUGGACGGUGUGAUGUAUGGAACUCUUUUGGCUGUUUGUGCUUCGAAUGGUCUUCGUGAAGAAGCUCAAAACUACUUUAACCAGAUGAGGGAGGAAGGCUAUUCGCCUAAUUUAUAUCAUUACAGCGCUUUAGUUAAUGCUUAUUCUUAUGAUGGAAAUUAUUGUAAGGCUGAUGAGUUGAUGGAGGAAAUGAAAUCUUCAGGGUUAGUACCAAAUAAGGUUAUGCUGACAACUUUGUUAAAGGUAUAUGUUAGAGGAGGCUUUUUUGAAAAAUCAAGAAAAUUAUUAGCCGAAUUGGAAGCUUUGGGUUAUGCUGAAGAUGAGAUGCCUUACUGUUUAUUGAUGGAUGGUCUUUCAAAAGCUGGGCAUCUAGAUGAAACAAGAUCAGUUUUUGCUGAAAUGCAGGAAAAAUCUGUCAAAUCCGAUGGAUAUUCUCAUAGCAUCAUGAUCUCAGCUCUGUGCAGAAGUGGACUUUUUGAAGAGGCAAAGCAGUUGGCCCAAGAUUUUGAAGCCAAGUAUAACAAAUAUGACCUGGUUAUGUUAAAUACAAUGCUUUGUGCCUACUGCAGAGCAGGUGAGAUGGAGAGUGUAAUGAAAACAAUGAAGAAAAUGGAUGAACUUGCAAUCAGUCCAGAUUACCGCACCUUUCAUAUCCUAAUAAAAUAUUUCUGUAAGGAGAAAUUAUAUCUUCUUGCUUAUAGGACCAUGGUGGACAUGCAUGAUAAAGGCUAUCAUCCAGAGGAGGGACUUUGCUCCUCCUUAAUUUUUCAACUUGGUAAAAUGAAAGCCCAUUCUGAAGCAUUUUCUGUUUACAACAUGUUGAGAUAUAGCAAAAGAACAAUGUGCAAAGCCAUUCAUGAGAAAAUUCUGCAUAUUCUAAUAGCUGGACAACUGCUUAAAGAUGCAUAUGUAGUUGUUAAGGAUAAUGCAGCACUCAUCUCUCAACCUGCUAUAAAAAAGUUUGCAACUGCAUUCAUGAAGUGGGGUAAUAUCAACUUCAUAAACGAUGUCCUGAAGGUUAUUCAUGGUUCUGGCUACAAGAUUGAUCAGGGACUGUUUCUGAUGGCCGUAUCCCGUUAUCUUGCGCAGCCCGAAAAGAAGGAAUUGCUUCUGCAGUUGCUGCAGUGGAUGCCAGGUCAAGGUUAUGUUGUUGAUUCAUCGACCAGAAACCUGAUUCUUAAGAACUCUGAGUUAUUUGGUCGCCAGCUCACUGCAGAGAUAUUGGCCAAGCAGCAUAUAAUGUCAAAAGUGUCACGGUCUACAUAGAUGUUACAUCAUGGAUGGGUAAGCAUUCACAAAACAGUGUAAAUUGAAUAGAACAGUUCAAAUCAAAUUAUCUAUUUGUAGGUAAUGAUGCAACUAUUUGGUUCCGAUUUUAAGAAAAUCCAAUUCCUUUAAGUUUCUUGUACUCUUAGUUUUUCCUUUUUCUUAUACACUUUUAAAUUUAAUUCGCUAAGUUGACAGAGCAGGCGUUUGGAAGAUGACUUGCU